AAAAUAAAAGAAAAAAAGAAGAAGAAGAAGAAGUGUACCUUGCGCCAAGGUUUCCCUAGAGAGAUCGGAAUCUCGUUUUCUGCUCCAUCGCACAUUUUUUAUUAAAAAAAAAAGAAGAAUCCAAAAGAUAUUUCGUGUUUUUGUUUUUUUCAUCUUCUCUUGUUAGUCUUUUAUUUAAUUUUUCCCUGAACCUUAUCAUACGGAAGAAGUUUCAAAGAAAAAAAGAUGGAAUUCUUCUCAAGACCCAUAAUGAGUGUCCCAUUAGAGAACAAAUGUGAAUAAACAAAAUAAAUGUGAAGAAAUUGUUGUUUGAAAAAAUGUUUCAACUGACACCGAAACCAACAACGACAGUGAUAAUAACAACAACAAAUUUACCAACGGCAACGCAGACGACGACGACGACGACGAAUUAUUCAGAAGCGCCCAAAUAAAUUCAUCGUCAUAAUUAGAAAUGUUGACUUUUCGUAACCGGCCGAUACUUUUCUUACUGUGGAUUAUGAAAAUCAGAUUAGUCUCAAAUUUUACAUCAUCAAUUAUCUGCUCUCGAAUACCUGGCCUAACGCCCGUCCAACGUCAACUGUGCAGUGAAUCUCCCGACGCCCUAAUAGCCCUCGGAGCCGGUCAUCAGCAAGGUGCACAAGAAUGCCAACAUCAAUUCAGAGGUCAUCGAUGGAAUUGCACCGAUGUGUGGCAAAAAGAUGUUUUCGGUCAUCUAAUGUUUGUAGGAUCCCGAGAAGCUGCAUUUACUUAUGCGAUAGCUAGUGCUGGUGCAGCACAUGCUGUUACAGCGGCAUGUGCUCGGGGAAAUAUUUCACUGUGCGGAUGUGACAUGAAUCAGCGACCAAGUGUCAGUGAUAGUAGAAGAAGUGCCAGCAGUCAGGGCAUUGCAACAGAACAGCCAUGGAAAUGGGGUGGAUGUUCGGCUGAUAUUGAGUUUGGUAUUAAAUUCACAAGAAAGUUCCUGGAUGCUCGAGAAAUCGAAAAUGAUGCCAGGAGUUUGAUGAAUCUUCAUAAUAAUCGAGCGGGAAGAAAGAUUGUGAAGAAUCUCCUCAAGACCGAAUGUAAAUGCCACGGAGUAAGUGGAUCGUGCGCUAUGAAGACAUGCUGGAAGAGUCUACCGUCAUUUCGGGUGGUGGGAGAUGCGCUUAUGAAGCGAUACAACAAAGCCAAAAUGGUUCAGGCCGUUAAAGGCAAACGCGGACUGACUUUAGUUUUAAGCAAAAAAUAUCGAUUAGGAAGCACACAGAAAAAGCAUCAAUUUCCAAAACGCAUGGAAUUGGUCUUUAUCCAAGCGUCACCAAAUUACUGUGAACGCAAUCUCGACUUGGGCUCACUGGGCACCGUUGGCCGUAAUUGUAAUCGGACUAGCACAGGGACGCAAAGCUGUGAUCUAUUAUGCUGCGGGCGCGGCUAUAAUACCCACCAAAUAAAUCGAACUUCUCAGUGCCGGUGCAAGUUUCAGUGGUGCUGUCAAGUUCAGUGUGACAUUUGUAAUGAAAUGUUUGAAGAGUAUACAUGUAAAUAAAAGUAUGUAUAGGAAUUGUAUUAAAUUUUUCUUAAACAAAAAAAAAAAAAUAGUUUU